CCAUGAACCAAAUGGAACCCGAGACACCAUCAAGAGAAUCAAACCCGAGUUUAAUUUUUAAUUGAAAGAAAAGUUGUUGCUUCAAAAAAUAUCUUACUCUGUGGCCAUGGCUUCACUCCUCCCAACGCACCCUCUUCUUCUUCAUCAUCGCGGUUCUGCACCUACUGCCAUUCCAACCCGCUGCUUCCGUCAUUCCACCUCAUUCCACCUCGCUCUCUCUUCCACCAACCGUACCAAGGCCUCUUUUUCAGCCGCACAACACGAACUCGCCUCUCCUGGUGAUUUUGAAUUUGAUGCGCCACUGAAAAUCGUGGAAUAUCCAAACCCGAAAUUAAGGACAAAGAAUAAACGCAUAGCAACCUUUGAUGAUAAUCUGAACAAACUUGUCCAUGAAAUGUUCGACGUAAUGUACAAAACUGAUGGUAUUGGUCUCUCAGCACCCCAAGUAGGAGUUAAUGUUCAACUUAUGGUUUUCAAUCCAGUAGGUGAACGUGGUGAAGGAGAAGAAAUUGUUCUUAUAAACCCAAGAGUUAGUAAAUACUCGAUGAACCGGACACUCUUUAAUGAGGGUUGUCUAUCUUUCCCAGGCAUUCAUGCUGAUGUAAAGCGACCAGAAUCUGUGAAAAUUGAUGCACGAGAUAUCAAUGGAAAACGGUUUUCAGUCAGCUUGUCUGGCCUUCCAGCACGGAUUUUCCAACACGAAUUUGACCAUUUACAGGGAAUCCUUUUCUUUGAGAGAAUGACUGACGAAGUUCUUGAUAGUAUUGGUGGACAGUUACAGGCCCUUGAAAUGAAGUAUGAGGGGUUGACUGGAUUCCCAAGCCCUGAAAAGAUAGAAAGUCGCAGGAGAAGAAAAGUGCCUUCUGGUUUUGGGAAAUUAUGAUCUUCAAGGUCAAUAUUAGGCUCAUCACAUACCAGAAUUUCUGGUUCGAGUUAAUUCAGCAUAACCAUAGAUUUAGCAGAUGCUGCAUAUGGUUGGAUAUGUAUCAUAUAUAGAAAGGUAUGACUAGUAGUGCAUAGUCAUCAGGGACGUCUCUUAAGAUCACAACCAUCGUCACAUAUUCAUGUUGCUAUGAAGGGAGGAAUUCGUCUUCAAUGACCAUUUCAUUUUUUUAUGUAUUGGUUGUGGUCUACAAUUUUAAUUGUAAACAGUUUUCUCCAGUGGGUGAUUUGGAGAUUUACAUUUUAAAGAUCUAUUCUAUUACCUUGAAAUAUUUUUCAUGAAGUAGGAAUUUUUUUCAUUUUAGGGUAUAUUUCUAUUACCCUGUGUUAAGUUUUGGAAUGGAAAAGACAAUUGGUUAUGCCCAAAGCA